UUGAAUCGCCCUCUGCUCGCUUUUUAUCGUUUGUAUUCUGUAGUAACAUGUUUUGAGAUUUUAGUGGCCUUUUUUACGCCACAAUAGCCUAUACAUGUAUUUUAAUAUAUAUUUUAAUUGAAGGCAACCCCUUUUGUUUACCAUAAAUUGACAAGAUGGCUACCGUGGAGAUGACCACUGAUAGCACUGAGGGAGACCAGGAGAGGGGAAUCUUGUCCCCAUCAGUAGUGGACUCCACUCCUGUUUUAAAUGACUUCUCAGCCCCCCUGAAUUUCUCUGAGCUCACACCUUGUCAGUUCGGCAUCUCUGUCCAGAGUUUUGCUCCAGCAUCAUCAUCAAACCGUAAAGAUAAGUCUCGCCUGGCACAAAUAAAGGCAAGGCGGAGGUCCAACAUUGGUGUCCGGGGCUCCCCAGAAACAAACUCCCUCAUUCGCUUCAUGGCACAACAGAGAAUGAAAACUCCACAAACCCCCAAAACUCCAGAGCUUGUCAGAAGUAGCCCCUUCCUUCCCCGGGUCGCCUCCACGCUGAGGCAGAAGAUGGCCUCCUUCCAGAGCCUGAUGGAUGUGGAGGAGAGUGAGGUCUGUGAUCUGAUGCCAAGGCAGGACAGCAACACUGGAGGAUGCAUCAAGACAAGAGAUUAUCUGUCUGAUGGGAACAGCAGUUACGAAGGGAAGGAGAACCACCCACCAGUAGUGACGCCUGUGCCCAGCAAGAGGAGGCGCCUGGGCCUCCGAGAAGGCUGUGAGGUUGAGAUUAGAGAGGCCGGCGCUCCUAUCCCCCACUUAAAUUUAAAGGAGCAGCAGGAGGAGGAAGAACCUGUGACACAAGGACCACUGCCAUCCAGUGAGACUGUGGGAGAGGCCCAAGCUGUGCUUAUAUCCCCAACCCUUCAUACUGACUUUGAGCUCCAAGCCUGUUCCCCUGCCAGGACCCAACAGGGCAGUGUCUUUGAACACCAAAGCUUCAGCCAACCACCACCUGAUGAUUCUGCAGCCGCUUCACCAACCCAGCCUGCCCGCUCCUCCCACAUCCCCUCUCUCCCUUCUCUGUUGGAGACGAAACCCACAGGAGAGGAUGACUCCACAGGGAUGUCUGCGGUUAAGAAGAAGAAAAAGAGGGUGCACUUUGGAGGUCCGCUCUCCCCUGAGUUCUUUGAUAAGAACCUGCCCCCCAGCACACCGUUACAGAAGGGGGGCACGCCGGCCCGGGCACCCACACCAGGUGGGAGCUUACUGCCACGCUCGGUGCUAAAGACACCGCAGAGGAGCGAAUCCCAGACACCACAAGCUCAGCUAGAUCUCCGCAGCCCCACUGUGUUUGGUGCUUCACCUACGCUUGCAAUGCCUCGCAAUCGCAGAAUGCAGUCUGUGGAAGAGGACAGAGAAGAGAAGGAUGGAAAGAUUUUUUUCCCUACAAUGGAAGAGAUUGACUCUGCAGUGACGGGAGAUACAGAAUGCACGUGGGUGGCCCAGCCGCUGAAUUUAGAUACUGCUUUCCAUGAGGAGUCUCUUUCUCACAUUCUGACAGAGUCUGAGACCCCGAGCGCAACCUCCCAGAUGGAUGCCCUCGAUGAGCCUACAUCGAUGCCAGAGAAGGAAAAGCAGCAUGAAGCAGAUGUGGAAGCUCCAGCCCAAUCGAGAAGCCGAAGGAAAAAGCAGUCAGAACCAGAGCAGACAUGUACCAGCGAGGCUCCAGCUCGCUCCAGCAGUCGUAAGAGAAAGCAGCCAGAAAGUGAACCUGUGAAGAGGUCGACACGCUCUGCUGCCAAGUCGGCCUCUGGGAAGAUGAAGAUUGUUUUUCCACAGAAGACCUCUACAGCAGCACGGCGGUGGAACAGGGACGUGGACCGCACCCUGUACGGCUCUCGGGCGUACGCCUCCAAGAACCCCGCCCUGAGUCCCAUCACAGAGGCGCUGUCCCUCACCAGUCAGUCUCCAGCAACACAGAAGACAUUACUUUAUUUUUAUACCCCAAAUGAUGACACCCACUUGAACUCCGAGAUUGCUAACGACACUCAAGCAGUGGGGGACCUCACUGUGACAAAUGACUUGGAAAAUUCUUCUGGAGCUUCUGUCACAUCUCCCAACCUGAGUAAAGACGGCGUCACAGUCACAGGCAGGAGGCAGUCGGGGCCGAGGGUCAGAGGAGGUAGACUGAAGAAAAGGAAGGUCAGUGUCACUGAUGAUGUCCAGUUCAGUGAGGUCACUCUGGACCAGACUGGAGGACAGACUGAGGAGCACUGUGAAGACCAAACCACCACAAACCGUGAGGAGUCAGGGGAAACACCACUGAACCGCUCUGUGUCCCAACAAAAAGAAGUCGACACAGGACAUGACGCCCAAACUUCUGCAGAUGCAUGCUGCACAGACUCAGAUGGAAAAUCAGAAUGUCACGACAAUCUGGAUGCACCCACCUCAGACUGCCCAUCUCCGAUCCAAGAAUCCAACUCCACAUUCAGUCUGCCAGCAGAGCCAGCACAGAAAAAAGGCAGGCGCGGAAGGAGGAGCUCUGCAAUCAGCUCAGAGCUACAGGAGCAGGGAAACCAGGCAGAGGAGCACCAAACGAGCCAUGAAGUAAAGGAGGAGGCACAGGGAGAACAAGCAGCUAGCCAGCAGGAAAACAACAUCAGGUCAAGCUCCGAUAGCCAGGAGGAGGGAGCAGCCGAGCUCGCCCCCUGGCAGGCAGACUUUAAUUUCGAGGAUGUGUUUAAACCUGUCGCCACUAGAGGGCAGCGCUCAGUGCGCCGCAGCCUGAGGAACCAGAGCAAUGCAGAGCUGAGCAGCAACAGUGCAGGUCUCGCCUGGCUGCCUCGUACCUCCCCCGACUCCAGUAAAGAGGCCCGCAGGAGGACCCGGGGCCGGCGCCUCAGUGCUGCUCCACCUGUCCAACCUCCACUCCCUGAGGAGACACAAGACAGCUCUUCAUGAGAGUUUAAAUCAACUAAAUGAGCUUGAACUGAGAUUUAAGAGGGAUAACUAAUACACUCAUCACAGCUCCACACAUACCUCCCCUGUUUUUUUUUUUUUAGAUUAAAUUGAAUGAUUUUCCCAAAGAACAGGCUGAUUGUUUUAUAUUAGCAAAAACAUUGAUGCCUUUGUUCCCUGCGAAGUAUUAGAGCUGACCAGUAAUUUGUAAUUUGCCAGUUUCCCCUCCGCUAACCAAGCCAGUCAAUAACACUGUGAGCCCAAUCAUCUCUGCUGACCACCUCCCAAUCAAUAUCCAAGCACUCAGCUGGUAAUCACACUGCAUCUCCAGACUCACUCUCCAAAGUCAUUGGAUUGAGCAUCUCCAAGUCAAUAUCUGCUCUUUGUGGAUAGAUGAAGACGGCCAUACUGCGUUCACCAUCUGUCACGCAAGGCCGGGCAGGAGGAGGGGGUAAUAAUAAUGAAAUAGUAAUGGGGAGAGAAAAUGUGCCUCACACACAGAAAUCUAAUUAAUGGGCUCCAACAGUUCUGUUUAUUUGUGGUUUCUUGAGUGUUUUCUUCUCUUUUUUUUUUCUCCCUGUGAUCCAAACUGUUAAUGUACAGGGAAAUGUCCAGGAGGGGUUCCCAACUUGUUGAGCUUUUAAUGGAUGAUUUUAAUAUACUGUCAAUAAUUAAUAGUAAUAGCCAGCUGGCUUGAAAUUGUCUUGCACCAAAUUAGAAAUAAGUUCUCAGUGAGUUUCCUGGAAUGACAAAAUGUACAUUGCUUAGAUUCUGAUUAAAAGCUUCGGUUGCGAGUAAAGACACCUUAUUAGAUCAAAUUGUGUUCAUUUAAACGGAUGAUUUAGACUCAUUUAAAAGGAAUUCAUCCAGAUAAUAAAACAGCCACCGUCACCACAGAUGUGACGAUCUAGCUGCGUGGUCCGUUCAGCCCAACAACAGCAGCUUUCUCCCUUCACAUAAACCGCGACCUUUUUGCCGUAACCGAAUGCAUCGUUCCAUAAAUUACCACCCUGAUCUACAUUUUGAACACAGCCAAAUGACUGGAAGUAAAUUGACCUCUAACCUCAGAUUCCAGCAGUCACAGAUUCAAAUCAGCUCCUCUUUACCGGCUCCAUCCAUCUGUCAGAGAGAGGGAGUGGAGAGAGAGCAGUAACAAAUUGAGUUUCAAAUUCAGUUCACAUAGGAAAAUUGGCUCCCGGAAUGAUGCAUGGCUGUAAUCUAUCCAUCACGGGGUAAUUGACUCGCUCCCUUUACAUCAAGUCAGAGUCACUUGGCUGAAGGACACCAGAGGUUUCUGGCUCCCAGUGUGUGCCAAGGUCUCUGUAUCCCCACUGGAAGACUGAUGGACAGAGUCCUAUAGCCGUUAAUGUAGCUCUGGCUCGACGCUGUGGGGCUACUGUGCCAUCUGGUGGCGGACUAAAGGAGUUGCAGUUGCCAGUUGCUCAUCCGUCAACUUGAUCAACAACAGGGAGAUGAAAGACGUUGCAGGAACUGAUGUUACUGGUAGGAGGGGAAGUAAUGUAGUAGAUGCACAUUCAUUUAUGUCAAAGGGGCUUUUGUUGGCUGAACAGAAAUCACUUAAGGCUGGCAUGUUUACUGUUUUUUGGUGGGGGGGGGCAGGGGUUAAUAGCAUCAUGCGCACAUGUUAUGACUAUCUUAUUUCUAUCUGAUUUUUAAACUUGUAACUGGGAGUGUUUUUGUGAAUAGGCUGUUUUAUUGUGUGAGCCACCUCUACACAAGUGGGUGUGGGGUGUGUGCUCUGUGUCUGAGAGCGGGAGCGAGGGAGAGUGUGUGUGUGUCUGUGUGUGUGUGUAAAACAGGGGUGUGAAGCCGAAGCCCCUGUCCCUGGCAGACGGGCAUAGUGAAGACGGCUUAACACAAGAACAAUGGGGUCCUUUGACCAAAACGACGCCCCCAAGACAUGUGGCCUCCUGUCACCGUGGCAACCCCCCAUGGGACAGGGAGCGGGCUGACAGCUGGAGAGGAGGACUUACAAAAAUGGAGUCCAUUUCUUUCCACUGAAGCUCCCCUGCUCUAUAUCUUUUCCCUCUUUCCCCUGUCGGCCUCCACUCGGGGCCCUUAUGAAUGUGGGUUACAUCUCAUUUUACAGCUUCAUGUGAUUGACCUUACGAGCCUGAUUCACCACCUACAGCUCGUCCAACUCCUCCACACACAAAAACAGAGUUCAAGAGAACAAUAAAUCAAGUCUUUAUGGGCGCUCGUUGCUGUCAGUAAUAAGAGCGCAUUGAUCUCAUGGACAAAUAUGGGGCUGAGAAGAUUUCACACUCACUGUACACUUGAUUUUACGGCUCAUUUUAAAACGGAUGAGCACUUUCUGUACAGACACAAAGAGGCAUAAUCACUUAUUUGUACUUCCAGAUUUAGAGACUUUUGUCUUUCAAUUAGUUAAUUAGUAGCUGAAUGGUAUUAAGUUGUCCCGCCGCCUCGGUCCUUUCUGUGCUCGAUGCUGUGAGCCCUCUAUUAUUGAUGCUCAGAGGCGCACUCUCUAAGCCCUGCGCAGCUCUCCUAUGGAGCUAAAGACAGCAGGAGGAGGGCAACAAACAAAGGCAGGACAACAACAAGAGAGCCUCCAGCUACUCUCAGUUUGGUUUUCUGUCCCAGUGUGUGCACGCUACAGCUGUGGCUGAUUCAGACCUGCUUCCAACAGCUGCCUCUACACGCAGCACUCAGACAACAAGGUGUACUACAAAUGUUCAGUGUUUGAUUUGAAAAGGCUACGUAGUUCUUUGGGGAAGAAAUCUGACAUUCAUGGUUUAUGCCUGAAGCACAUUUAUACAGAAGUGUAAUGUAUUCACUUGGGAAGAAAUAUAUUCAACUCGUUUUUAUGAAUUAACAUCAUUGUCUCAGAAUUAUGAGACAAGUUCUAAAUUAACUACAUUAUUAAGUAUUAUGAGAAGUUUUCAGGGAAAUAAGAAGUCUGCUCUUGUUCAAACUAACAUCAUUAUCACUGAAUUAUGAAAAAAAGGUUUCA